CGAAAAGGAAAAAAAAAAACCCUGGUGGUAAAUUAUAUAAUAGAUUUGGAAAUUCGCGAUCAAAGCGUUCAAGGCCCUCCGUUGAAGAAAACGGGAAACUCAUGGAUUAUUCAUCAUCGCAAACAGACGAAGUUGAUGAUUCCAUAUCGUUAGCUUUAAAAACAGCCUUAAGUCGUGAUAGCUCUGACUGGACUACCGUUUGUGAUAAAUGGAAAAAAACGUAUUCACUUCGUCAACAAGAGCUUUCCACUACAUCUAAUCACUCUUCUUUUUUAAAAUCUUGGCCAAAAUAUGGAGAUGCUAGAGCAACACAACUGAUUGAAAUUGAUUUUGAAAUAAUGUACCCUGGAAAACAACACCUGUUACUGAGCAAGUGGGAACAUUUCAAAAUAAUUAUUAAAAGAUAUUACGAAGCUAACAUCCACAACCCAAAUUGCAAGAAGCAGUUGCGUUUACUUAAUUCUAAUUUAAGCUCUGGCAACAUACUAAAAGAUUCUGAAGACUUUAUUCUGGCCAUUUUGCUCAACUCGGUCUUACCAGCAUCUUCAAGAUUCAAAGAUAGAAACGGAAGCAACAAAAGGAAAGUCUCAAUUGCGGAUGCGCAGGAGAGUUUUGCACUGAGGAUUCCAUCAAUUCAGUCAUAUCAGGAAAAUAUAAGCGAAUUGGUAAACAAAUAUUAUAACAUAGGUUUAACUAUUCAGCCAUUUAUUUUGUGCGUUGGUCAAGAUGACUACAAUAUUCAUGAAUAUUAUGUUUAUUUAGACAAAACAUUGUUUAAGUUUGAUAGCUUUAUAGAAGCACUUGACCUGUGCUUUAAAACAUUCCAAGUUCUGUCUUUAAAAUAUCCUUUAGCUUGUCAGUCGUGUUGGUUGUUUAUCCAAAAAUAUUUUUUCAAUAUUGAAAGCAAAUUUGAUUUUAAGUCAAGCAAUAUAACAUCUUUGUUAAACUUUUUCAAAAAUCAGUCAUAAUUGAUUCAAAACCUGUGUUUCAAAAAUAAGCAAGUUAUUUUUUUAAUAUCCCGUAGAUUUUAGUUUUAAGAUUUAAUUGUUAAUAUUUGUCGCUAAGCUUAUAAUUGAUCUUUCAAAAAGUUUUAAUUUCUUUAGCUAUACCGACUUAUUAGCUGUUCAAAGAAAAAUAUUUAGUUUUUAACAUCAUAAAUAAACUGUAUAAAACAAUAGAAAUUGUAAGUACACCCUUCAAAUGUCUAGAUACCCCCAUACGUCAAAUUUGAAUAAAAUAGUUGUAUGAUCUAAAGAUGUUAUAAAGGGAUUAGCUAUUAUUUAUUCUUUGUAUAAUCACUACACUCUGUUUUACUAUUAUUUUCUUACCUUGCUUUCCUCAAACUUUUCGAAUUAUUUGCUUUCUCUUUCGUAGUUAUUUCAAAACUUUCAUGGUUAUAUUCCUUAAAGUUUGAUAAAAUUAUAUGUUUAUUUAAAAUGUUAUAAGUGAACAAUUUCUUCACUAAAAAAUUGCAAACAUAAAGUUUAAUUCCUUAUUCUUUUAAAACAGAAUUUUUUCAAAACAUUACUGAUUUUGAACACAUUCCAAAUACUUUCCUUUUCACUUUUAUCAGAACUGUGCUUAAUUUGAAAGGAUUAUAUUCUUUUCUA